CCUCGCAGCCCCAUGGAGCACCUCAACUCUUUGGUCCCGUCUGCUCUGUUAAGGUCAGUCUCCAGCGCAGGAUCAGGCCUCAGCCGGCGCAUCUGGGCCCCAAGUCCUCCACCCCAGAGGCCCUUCCGGGUCUGCGACCACAAGCGCAAUGUGCGGAAGGGGCUGAUGGCAGGGACCUUGCAGGAACUGUUGACCAAGGCCAUGGAGACAUUGCUGCUGUCUGGGGUUGUUUCCUUGGUGCUGGAGGAAGAUGGCACGUUGGUGGAGAGCGAGGAAUUCUUUCACGUUCUGGACGAUAACACGACCCUGAUGGUGCUGAGCAAGGAUCAGAAGUGGAGCCCUGGGAAGGGUGGCAGCCGCUCAUACGCGCUAAGCCGAGAGAAGCCCCGGGACAGCCGGGACAUCGCCCGCAUCACGUUCGAUGUCUACAAGCUCAACCCCCGCGACCUCUUUGGCAGCCUCAACAUUUCGGCGACCUUCUACGGGCUCUACUCCAUGAGCUGCGACUUCAAGUGCCUCGGGCCCAAGAAAGUGCUCAGGGAGAUACUGCGGGUGGUCUCCGGCAUCAUGCAUGGAAUCGGGCACAUCCUCUUGGGCGCCUCUCACUACAUCCGUCACCUCGUGGAGGGCGGCGAAAACUGGCAGUCACACAGUCGGCUGCGUGGCUACGAACACUGA